UUAUUGUUAUAAAGAUAUCUUACCACAAGAUUUAAUUCAUAAUCUUUUAGAAUUUUAUAUAGUUCCUAAUAUGAAACCUAAAAAUGAUUUGACACCUUCAAGAAAACCUAGCAUUAAAUCAACCUUGAUUGAAUCAAACCAUAUUCCUAUUUUUGCUUCAUGGAUUGAUAAAAAAGAUUCUUCACAUUAUAAUAGAAAAAAUAUUCCUUGUGACUUUAAAUUAUUAUAUCGUUCAAGUCAGGAUGGGAAUGAUACUUUAUCUUUUCAUAGAAAUUGUGACAAUAAAGGAGCUACUAUUUGGAUUGCAAAAAUUAAAAAUUCUACACAAUUAAUUGGUGGGUAUAAUCCACUUGAUUGGGAUCAAAGUAACAGUUGGAAAACUACAGCAGAUAGUUUUUUAUUUAAUUUUACAAAUGGAAGAGAUAUUUCUACUUCAAAAAGAAGUUAUGUUAGUAUACAGAAUUAUGCUGUUUUUUGUGGCCCUAGGUAUGGACCAACUAUGGGUAAUUUAUUCUGUGAAAAUAAUGUUUGGUCUUAUAAUAAUGGUUAUGAUAAUGGAAAUCGUUAUCCUAAAAUAGGAAUCCCAGCAAAUUUUGAAGUAGAAGAUUAUGAAGUAUUUCAAGUAAUUAAAAAAUAAAAUAAAAAAUUUAAUUAAUAAAUG